AUGAUACUUUCACUUGAAAACUCAAAUUUUUUAUUUAAAAACUGGGUAUUUGAUAAUUUAAAUACACAGAACAUUACACUUCCAUUAUUCAUUAAGCUGUGCUGGUUUGUAGGCAAUGAGGAUGAUACUCAAGUUUUAGGUAAGGCUUUGACUAUCCUAAGGAGAGGUAAAGUAUAUGAUAUUAUUGAUUCUUGGGCAAAAAUAAAGAAGUUUGACAGAUUGACAAGAAGAGUGUAUCCUUUACGACUACAAGACAAGGAAUUUUAUAAAAGGAUAUUUAAUGGAACACAAGAUGAAGAUGAAAAAAAAUAUUAA